AAUAAAAUAAAAUAAAAUAAAAAGUCAAAAAGUCCCAUCUCCAGUCGACCAAUCCAGGCUUCAGAUGUAAUGACUAUCAUGGGAAAAAGAAAAAAAAAGAAAAGAGCCUCAGCUCUCCAGCAAAACUUCCAGUAAACUCGGCGGUCUACAAAAAUACCAACAAUUAAAAAAAAAAUCGUGGUAUGAAGCAAGAUUAAGAGAAAAAACCAGCACAACGUGAUGCUGGAGCUCAGUCAGCAGCUUAUGUCUGUUGUGUUUGGGCUCGUGUUUUGGUGUGUGUCCGCGCGGCCUCGGCCUACUCACUGCCUGUGCUUUCUGCUGCGCUCAAUGGCCCUCACUCCCACACACAUUUCUGCUUUUUUUUAUCUGCCUCCUUUUUUCCUUUUCAAAGUCAGGGGGCGAAGCCAAAUGGCAUGGGAACGAAAGCGAGAAGAGGGUGCGAGCUAAGUAACUUAAAUCCAUCCAUCCCUUGUAUCUGAGUCAUUUCUAUUAUUAUUAUUUCCUCAAAUGAUAAAAAUAUUACGUGUGUAUUUGCUGCGCGUAAAAAUCAUAAAAUCGAGCGGUUAAUGCAACUACCGGAGGAGAGCCAGAGACUGGAGGGUUUCUUGUUAUUUAGGGGGCAGAGAGGGGCUGCUGUCAGGCUCUUUGCACGGAGGGAAAGAUUGAUCACCACACUUUUUUUCCCACUCGGGGCUCCUCGUGCCCUCCCCAAAAUAUCCUCUGCUAAACUCUCCCUGAUCUUUAUAAAAAUCUACAUGUGCGUCCUGUUGAGUCUGUGGGCCACUCAGCACACUCUCACAUACAAUUAGCGUUGAUAUUAUUGCUGCUGUAUUAUUAUUUUUGCUAUUAGGAGGAACAGGAGGCCCGCGCGCUCCCCUCCUUUUCGAGCGACCUCGCUGUGAACUCUCUCUCUCUUUCUCUGCGUAAACACACCGACCAUUUUUAACACACAUACAUCACACUGAGAGGGUGAGAGGAAGACAUUUGGAGCCCGUGAGGCUAUUUUAGACAUUCAGGGUUCUAUCUAUCUUUUACAAACACUGACAAACAACUAAUAAUAAAAAACAAACACAUGAAACAAAAAGUUGUCAACUUACACACCAACAGGCUCCCUCUCUCUUCCCAGUUUACUAUAAAUUUCUCUCUCUCUCUGCUUCAUCUUCCUCUGAGUACAAAUGUUCAUCAACCUCUCCUCCUGCGCCAUUUAAACCCCUCUCCAAGUUUUUUCCUGUCUAAAUUGUGGAUUCUCAGCCUCUGUCACACUUUAUAAGAUUAAUGAGCUGCGCGCUGUAAACAGUACACGGAGCCAUAUUGUAAACGGUGGCGACCAGCUCCGUUCACCUAAUGUUAACCGUCAUUACAUCACCCAGAGGACCGAAAAAAUGUCCGAGAGAUGCUCUAUUGUUUGUGCGUAACACCGGAGCUCCGGAUGCGCCUACCCGCCGCCCACACGGCGCACAUGGCGACCGUCGCUUUUUUUUCUUCCUCCCCACAGUUUCCCCCCCUGUUAAGACAAAACAAUACCCUGUCAUAUACCCUCUUUGCCACAGCAUUUGGUGGAAAAAUAAUAAUGCUGCUUCCCACAGCCAUCGCCGCCGCCAGGCCCGGACCCCCGAUUGGCUGAUUUGGAUCACAUGACCAGGAAUUGGCUGCAAUUUCGCCCCACAGUUCUUCAGUUUAGCCUACCCAGGUCCCCAUACGCUAGUAAUAUCACCAAUAUACACAAUUAUUAUAUAGCCACCGCAUUUACGCCAUUGCGGUCGAGAGCCUCCAUGCUCGUGCGUUUUUUUUUCAUUUAUUUUUUUAAGAAGCCAUAUUGUUGUGUGCGUGUGCGAGCGUGCGUGUGUGUAUGUGUGUGUUUUUUAUUUUUUUUAUUUUGGGGAAGGGAUUGUUCGGGGGGUCUCGCCGUUUGAGGUAGAAGCCGGUUUGAGGGAGCUAUGAAUUUUGAAUUUGAGAGGGAGAUCGGUUUUAUCAACAGCCAGCCGUCCCUAGCAGAGUGCCUGACGUCCUUCCCCGCCGUCCUGGAGUCAUUUCAAACUUCAUCAAUCAAGGAGUCGACAGUAAUUCCGCCUCCCUUCGAGCACACCAUCCCCAGCCUCAGCCCCUGCACAGCCAGCCAGCCAAGACCGGCUGCUAGGAGCCAGCAGAACCGGAGAACCUCCGUCACUAAUGGCCUCCAGACGCACCACCGAGCCGCCCAGCAGCCCUGCCCGCCCGGCCAGGCCCCCGCCUCGGCCACGGCCACCCCGGCCGGUCCGCUGGCCCACGAGUUCCCCUGGAUGAAGGAGAAGAAAUCGUCGAAGAAGUGCACCAAGCCUGGGAGCAGCUCCAGCGGUGGAGGAUCCAUCCUGCCCCCUGCCUCGUCCUCCCCUUCGCCGACCGCCCCCGGGUACGCUUCGGCGGGCAUCGAGUCACCCACAGACCCGAGUCAGGCGAGUCUGGAUAGCGGAGGAGCCGGGUCCCGCCGGCUGCGCACCGCCUACACCAACACGCAGCUGCUGGAGCUGGAGAAGGAGUUCCACUUCAACAAGUACCUCUGCCGGCCUCGGAGGGUGGAGAUCGCGGCGCUUUUGGAUCUGACGGAGCGGCAGGUUAAAGUUUGGUUCCAAAACCGGCGCAUGAAACACAAGCGACAGUCUACGCACCACAGGGACGGCGGUGGAGGAGGGGGAGGCCACGAAUCCAGCGAGUUUGAGCCGCUCGAAGGCGCCGAUGCUUCGUCUCCGUACUCGAGCCAGCCGCUGGAAGCUUCUGGCACCGGGGAGGCUGCGUCGGACGGCGAGGCGGGGAGCUGCAAUCCAUCUUCGGCCAACGCCUACGCUAAUGACAGCGGGGACAAUGCACAACCCACGCCGGAAAAGGGAGGCCGAUUGAGCCGUCCAGAGCGCGCACAGUUGCCAGCGGCACCUGGCUCCUCUGACCCUGCCGCGGCGCACCACUCCACCGCGGCCGGCUCGGCUGAUAACCCGGGCCUGAUGCAGCUCGAGGCCGCACCCGCAGCUGCUGCAGCGUCCGAUCCGUCAUUCUCCGAGGACUCAUCCAUCACCUCCUCUUCUGCUCCUCCUGUCGCCUCCUCCUCAUCAUCAUCCGCGCUCCCGGACCUGACCUUCUUCGCCGGGGACGCAUGCCUGUCACCCAGCCUGCAGAGCUCCCUGGAUAGUCCGGUGGAUUUCUCCGAGGAGGACUUCGACCUGUUCACAAGCACACUGUGCACCAUAGACCUGCAGCACCUCAACUUCUGAGGCAAAAUGUAAAACUAGAAAUAAAUAAAUAAAAAAACAGGAUGACGGACAGGCCUAUGUGGAUGAACAAUCGAGCGGAGGCUGUUGUUUAAAAAGCAUAAAAGCUUCUCGGCAACAUUCCUGAAACAUUUCUGAAAAUUCUGUUCGUUUUAAAAAUAACGUUUUUUUCCUCUUCUUGUUGGUUUUAUUUUUAAUUUAGUUUAAUUUCG